AGUCCCAGCUCCCCACCGCCCGGGCAGCGCUCCCGGCUGGGCCUGGCCCGUCCACCACCGGGGGGAAGCCACCAAGUGGGAACAGAUGCAACAUCAAGCAACAGGGCAGACGGAAUCCACGCAGCCCGGGCCGUCUCCAUCCACCCCGAAGCUCCCGCCCCAGGCGUCCGGGCACCUCCCCGCCAGGGCAUGGAAGCUGUGUCCACCCUGCAGCUCGUGAACCUGACCAGCCUCAAUCGCACCGAGCCGCUGGGGCUCCUGUCCCAGCACUCGUCCGCCAACGAGCAGCCCCUGUACAGCGAGUACAAGCCACCCGUCCGCGACCUCAUCCCCCUGCCCAAGGCUGUGCUCUACCUCCUCAUGGCCGCCCUGGUGGUGGUGGGCGUCGCCUACGCCAUCGUGGGGCACCUCAUCAAGGACCUGGCCCACGACCUCGUAGACUGGCUGCUGGGGCCACAGCCCGACAAGGAGAACGACUUGGACACUGCACCCCCGCCCCCCCCAGGGUUCCACCGUAGCGCAGCCCCCCAUGGCUGAGCCCCAUAGCCCCGGCGAGGUGCACAUCAUGCUGCAGGGGGGGGCCCAGCCCACAUAGGGCAGGGCCCCCCCCCCCGCCCUGGACAGGAGGGGCUGAGCCGGCGGGUACACCCAGAGACCAGCCCAACACGCCGCGGAGCCCAGAGGCCCAGCCGGGACGGACGGUGCCCGAGGGCAGGCAAGGACCCCCCCCCGUGGCCAUCGGGGGGGACGGCUGUUCGCCCCCAGCCCCGUCUCCUCUGCCGCUUUGGGGCCUCGCUGACGCCAACGACCUGGCUGGGGGAGCUCCAGUGGCUAGUGAGCCCCCACCAGCCGAGCUUCCUGCUGGCCCUGCAGCUCACCCCGCGGAGGGGCUGGGAGUCGGGAAGGUGGGUCUGUGCUGGGGGGGGGGGGGGGGAAGCAAGGCGAGGCCUGGCGAAGGGAAGGGCAGGUGCUGCCUAUAGGCCCCUCUGAGUAGGGGGCACAGCGGGGCCAUUUCCCCCAGCCAGAAGCCCCCCUGCACUCAGGACAGGGGGCACGUGGCUCUGGCCAUGGCCCCUGCCCUGAGGCACCUGUGGGGGAGGGGCCCCGGGGCUCAGGCAGCACCAGGGAAGGAUCCGUUUGUCAAAUAAAAUAUUGACUCUGAAAAUG